CGAGGGCCGAUCGAGAGCCUGGUUUAUCAUUCAAGUAUUUUACUGUUCUAUCGGCCUAUCUAUACCUGCACAUCACAUUUCGUUGUAUUCUAACGUCUUGUUCAAGUGUCAUGGUGGAUACAUUUCUUUGUAGGAUACUUAGUUUGGUGUGGAUUACUACAACCUGUUUUGGAUAUAAUAAAUCUAAGUUUUGUUGAGUUAUUUACUUGAGAACAUUCCAGUGUAAUUAGGAUACGUUUCAUAUCAAAGUUCAAUAGGUUGGAUGAGACACAGCAAGAUGUUGAGCCUCCUGUGUCAAGUUGUGUCCCUUGCUGCCAUCUUGGUCCUUGUACCGGCCCAACAUACAGGCGAAUGUGACGUCAGCGCCACGGAGAAAGAGCUUCACAUUUUUAAUUGUUCUGGCAAAAAUAUCUUCCAGGUAGGAGAAAUCCCUGAACAGGCGGAGGUAAUUGAUUACAGUGACAAUUACAUAUCGACCAUACCGCCCAUUGAGGAGUCGGAGAAGUGCGACCACGAAAAAUGUUUGACCGACAUUGACCAGUCCGAUUAUUGUCGAUUGGACAUUUCGUUUAGCAGAAACGAAAUAAGCUUCAUUGAAGGCAGCCCCUUUUCGAAGCUUCGUUGCUUAAGGUCUUUGGAUCUUUCAUACAACAGACUCACAGAAGAAGCUAUCACAAAGGAACUCUUCUUCAAGGAUGCAGGAUAUUUUCAGCUUAAGAGGCUGAUUCUCCGCGGGAAUCCAAUAAAAAAGCUCGUAGAAGAUACCUUUUCGUUCCCUUUUAUGAAGUACAUUGAGGAGAUCGACCUCUCCGAGUGUUCUAUAAUGAACAUCGCAGCCAACUCAGUGGAUGAUUUGAGAAGCCUCAAGGUUCUAGACCUCAGCAAGAACAAGCUGACCCAGCUCCACCCCGCCACAUUCAAGGGAUUACAUAACCUGAUUACCCUGAAUCUUAGACACAACCAGUUGGCCCAGAUAACCGGUCACGUGUUUGUUGACCUGGUCAAUCUGAACGCACUUCUGCUGUCUCAGAACAAAAUAACAAGUUUUGAUGGCAACGCCCUUGUCAACACCUCAAAACUUGUUCAAAUUGACAUCAGCAAUAACGAACUGACGUCAAUCCCUUACACUGCCAUAGACAAUUUGCUGCUGUUGGAAACUUUAGAUUUAAGUAACAACCCGAUCACCGAUGUGAGUCAGGGUUCCCGCGUCAGCAGCGUCAAGACGUUGAUCCUCGACUCCCUGCCUUUGACAGAGCUUGGUGACCAUGCCCUAGCGUCAUUCCCUCACCUGGUGACGCUGUCCAUCAGCGGGAACGUGCGUCUCAAGAAAAUCCAUCCUUUUGUUUUUGGGAACCACCCGUCCUCGUUGCGAGAGGUUGCCAUGGAGAACAACGCCAUUAACACGCUGUCACGUGAUAUUCUCCCUUGGAAACAGUUGAAAAGUUUGCGGCUAUCGGGAAAUCCCUUUUACUGCGAUGACGCACUGGAGUGGAUGAUCAAAGCCACUGCAAUACAAGGAGAUACAAUCUGCCAAGAACCAAUCAACCUCAGAGGUCAGGACAUUAAAAACUUAAAACCGGAAGAGCUAUCCCGUGUGUACCCCACGGAGGCGGUCGAAGCUUUGAUUUUAGUUUGCGUCUGCACCCCUCUCAUUUUCGUCUGCGCCAUUCUGAUAUGGAAGCGUAGACGUCACUGCGCAUGCCUCAGCGUCAAGGUCAGGGGUCGCUACGUGUCAGUGUACACGCGUGACGUCAACGACGAGGGUGAGCAGAGGGUGACUAUCGAGUUGAAGGCCAACUUCAAGAAACUCUCGGCUGUCAGCAAUGGCGAGCCUGACGACAGCAAACCUUUUAUCAAGAUAGACAAUGGGAAACCUGACGAGGAAGAAGAGAUCUAAAGCUGAUGCGUUUGUGUUCUCUUGGUUUGUUGUGCUGUGUUUUUGCUGUGCUUGUGUGUUCUUGU